AUGUUGGAGGAUAUUCUGAAGCUGUUAAGGAGUGAUGAUCGUCAUCCUCUGAAAUGGCCCAGGCCUCGCGGCAUUGCAGCCUCAACCAUGGGAAUAAUGUCGGGUACGCUCGUAUUAGGAGAGUUAGUGCUUUCUGGGCUAUCUUCGGAAGACCAAAAGGAAGAUUUUGAAGAUGUUCAGCCAAUGAAGCAAGAAGUGGAGUCAGCAGCACAGGCGAACAAUAAAGAAAACUAUGCCGAAGUGAUGAAAAGGAAGAAACGCCCUUUUAAUGGAACUGAACCAGUGGCACAUAAGGAAAAUAAAGAGGUAAGUCGAAGCAAUGUGAUUGCAAUGGCUUUGCUAAAGAGAUUUAUUUGGUUUGCCUUACAAAUAGUUUAA